GGUCAAUCAUUAAAAGAUCAAAGCAAACAUGGCCCAAGAAGGCUCCAGCCACAAUGUCUCACUUCCGAGUUACUACUCGAGUAUCCUGGGAAAAAGGAGGUUCUUACCAACAUUGUCGACUUCAUGGCCAAAAAACAUCCACAAGCUCUAUUUGCCGAAUUCCCCGUCUCACUCACAUCUUACGAUGCCGGUUUUCACAAGAUCACUUAUGAGAGUCUAGCCAAUGCUGUCAACGCAGCAGCUUGGUGGCUUCAUGAGAUGCUUGGUGGACCAGGAAGCAAUUUUGAAACGAUUGGAUACAUGGGAGUCAACGAUCCGCGCUACCACAUCAUGGUUCUGGCGGCUGUGAAAGCUGGAUAUAAGGUAAAGGCAUUCUCAGGAGUAAGUCAAUAUAUGACUAGAGAGGACCUAAUUCUUCUCGCAGUUAUUUCUGUCUUCUCCUCGCAACAGUAGUACAGCACACUAUUAUCUGUUCGACUCAUUGGGCUGCGAAACGCUGAUUGUAACCGAUUCUAUUUCACCUAUGUUUGCAGGUGCUAUUUCCUCACAUGACCUGAAUGUGUUGCAAGUUCCUGGUAUACAUGAACUUCUCGAUGCGCAAACUCGUCCCUAUCCGUACAAUAAAACUUGGGAAGAAGCGAAAGACGACCCACUUCUGGCUCUCCGUAAGUAAACAGACAACUGAUAUUUGCAGUUACCACUUUCCCUUUGUUCGACCUAACACCCUGUUGACCACGAUUCUCUUGUGAAAUCCGACUAUUUACGAUACUAUACCAUUGGCUCUUACAAGUCACAGAGAUAAUAUACUGAUUCCCCAUCUGUUAGAUAUAUCUGGUUCUACUAGCAUACCAAAAGCAUUGACUUGGACCCACGACUUCGCAGCCGCGUAUUACAAUAUGAGUCAGCUUGACCCUCCUGCUGAAUAUGAGAGUCAAAACAGGCUCUAUCAGGAUAACCGAAUCAUCUUCUUCUUCCCACCCUUUCAUGUGAGUAGUUUUGUAUCAUCACAAAAGAGGCACAAGCUCGGCGUGGUAUAUGCAAGCUUCAGUGCACCGGCCAAUAACCCAAAGUUUCGCAGCUAAUACUUGUUUGCUAGGGCGCUGCUCUUUUUCUCGCAUUAAUUAAUGGAAUCGCCAACAGAAGCGUCUGGAUAUACCCCCCAGCAGCGGGUAUACCAUCAGCAAAACUUCUUGUUAACGGGCUCAAACAUACGAAAGCUGAUGUCCUCGCGAUUCCCCCACCUGUAGUUGUAGAUCUUGCAAGGCAACCUGACUUUGUCGAAGAGAUCUCUUCAAAGAUUGAUACGAUCAUCUUUGGCGGAGGUGACGUUUCCGAGGCAAUUGGCUCAGCUCUCAAAGACAAGUUCAAGAUGGUGAGUGUUCUCGGGGCAACCGAGAUAGGUCUUGCAGCCGCAAUUCGACCAGCCGGAAAAUUCCCGUCAGAUGACUGGCAGUUUAUCCACUUUUACCCAGAAUUUGGAACAGAAUUCAAGCACAUCAACGAAGACUUGUAUGAGUUACAUUUCAUCCGAAGACCAGAGAUUUCCGAGCACCAGCCAAUGUUUAAGCUUUUCCCGGAACUCCAAGAAUACAACACACGAGAUCUAUUUACGCCACAUCCUUCCAAGCCGGGCUUGUGGAUUUACAGAGGAAGAAGUGAUGAUAUCAUCGUAUUCUUAACAGGCGAAAAGACAAAUCCAACCUCUUUUGAGCACCAUGUUUCUACACACCCAGAAGUAAAAGCCGCCUUGGUAAUCGGUACCCAACGAUUCCAAGCCGGUCUUUUGAUCGAGCUGGUUGAGGAAGGGGAGUUCUCUUCUACGCAGCGAGCGAAAAUCAUCGAGGGAAUUUGGCCUAAAAUACACGAAGCCAACCAAGUCUGUCCAAAUCAUGCCAUAGUAGCGAAGACACAUGUCCUCCUUGUGAACCCAAAGAAACCAAUGGCACGUGCAGGCAAGGGCACAGUGCAGAGACAACUGACUUUAUCAACGUACGCUGAGGAAAUCGAUGCACUCUAUGCCGAUACCGAGAAGAUGAACGCUACCAGUGACGAUGUCGAGAAACUUGAUGGCCAGGCUACUGUUGAGAAGUUGAGUUUGUUGGUGGAAAAGUUGGUGAAGAAACAAACAGGUUGGGCUGACAUCAAUGCUCAAGAUAACCUCUAUCUCUUGGGUCUUGACUCACUUCAGACUUUGCUUCUGGUACGCGACCUAAAACAGGCUGUUGGACUGCCUGAUCUUGCGCCCAGUUCUGUCUAUACAAAUCCAUCAAUCACCGAAUUAUCCAAUGCCAUCUUGAAUUUAUUGACUCAGAAAGAAGCAUCAACCAAGGAGCUGUACGAGAACCGAAGAUCAGAAAUCGAAAGUUUGAUUCCCAAGCAUUCGAAUGCAAUAGAUGAGCUUGCUAGCACAACCACCACAGACAAGAAGUCUUCCAAUAGUGAAACCAGUCCAAAUCACGUUGUUCUUCUCACUGGAUCAACCGGCAGUUUAGGUACAUACCUACUCCAGGCCCUCCUCAAGAACCUGACUGUAUCGCAUGUGUACUGCCUGAACAGGUCCUUAGACUCGUCAUCAGUUCAGGCUGAACGAAACAAGUCUCGCGGUAUAGAAUUGGAAUUUCCCGAGAACCGAGUCACCUUUUUGUGUGCGAAGCCCAGCGAAGAGAACUUUGGUCUUGACCCUCAAGUAUAUGACAAAUUCUCCAAUACGGUGACGGAAAUCAUAUUGAAUGGCUGGACGGUGAACUUCAACAUACCUCUCUCCACCUUUAAUCCACAACUCUCUGGUGUCGUCAAUUUCUCAAAUUUUGCCAGCCAAGCACGAUAUAAACCCUCGGUACUAUUUAUAUCAUCCAUCAGUUCAGUCAUAGAAGCAGGUGCAGUCAUCCCAGAGGAUGUGAUUCGCAACCAUUCGGCCCCGAUUCCUAUGGGUUAUGGCGAAAGUAAAUACAUCGCUGAACUGUUCUGUUGCUCGAUCACGUCGCUAAACGGCUUUUCGUGGAUGCUAGAAUUGCUCGUGUUGGACAGAUCGCCGGUCCAGCUCACAUUUCUGGGACAUGGAACAGGUGGGAAUGGCUUCCUAGCUUGGUCAUAAGCUCGCUUCAUGUCGGGACCUUACCUGAUUCUCUAGGAAAUAGCAUGAGUACUAUUGACUGGGUUCCGAUUGAUAUUCUUGCGAAAGUUUUGGUGGAGUUGUCAUUCUCUAACACAUCAACCGAGUCUUCAGAGAGGAGUGCUUCAGUCUAUCACCCUCAAAAUCCCCACACCAUAUCUUGGACUAAGCUCCUUCCUACCAUCGUUGCAACUCUGAGUAAGCGGAAGGGAACCCCUGUUGAAGUAAUUACACUUGGCGAUUGGUUGAAGCGGAUACAUGCGGAUUUAGAGUCGGGUGGUUCCGAUAUUGAGGAUCUUGUUAAGCGAAACCCUGCCGUCAAGCUCCUCGGUACUUAUGAGGUCUUUGCGAAGGAGCGAAGAGAAGGGACAAAGUUCACGACGGACUGA